AUGGGCGUUGACCGCUCUGGCUGCUUCAAGCUGAGAUGGGGCGAUGGAUGUCAUGUCCCCACCCAACAUCUGCUUGGAUAUUUCUGGUUUUUCCCAAGCCUCUUUGCUGCUUUCAAUGUAGCACUGCUGGUCAUUUUCAGUGACCUCUUCUUCACUUUUCUUUGCAGGUGGUUGGCUGAGAAUGGGGAGUGGGACUUUCCUGUGGUUAUGGGUUUUCUCUUUGUCCUUAUCUGCUGUCAAAUUUUUCUGAAUUUCUCAGACCCUAGUAUCUUGCAUCAAGGCAAGGCCUCUUUCAAACAUGACCCUAACACACAAUAUGUGACAUGGAUGUAUUACAGGACCUUCCAAAUGCAGUGGUGCCAAAAGUGCUGCUUCCAUCACCAGCCCUAGGCAUUCCAUUAUCCCUCAUGCAACAUCUGUUUGGAGGACUUUGACCACCAUUGCAAGUGGGUCAAUAACUGCAUUAGUCAUCGCAACUUCCAUAUCUUCCUGCUGCUUGUGUUCCUUUGCCUCUUCCUGGGUGCCCUGAUGGUUACCUGUGUGAUAUUCCUUGUGAGAAGGGCAAAACACAUGCCCUUCUCCAUGGACAAAGGCAAAGUCAUAUCCACAGAGUCCCAAGGGCCCACACUAGGACGAGCAUGGGCAUUCCUUCUAGUGGAGAACAGUAUUGAAUAUCAAAAUCUUCAUGUGUGGGCCAUGGAAGAGUUUGGGGUGGACAGAGGUGCUGCUGGGCCACUUCCCACUGUGACAGAAUAUUUGCUAGCUAAAGCUCAUGAAGUUGGGAUAGUAAAAUGCAAUGAUGGCACAUUUUUAGAAAAGAAAAUGAGAGGUGGGAAAGUGAAGUGGGAGCAGGGUGGUGACACUGUCUUUGGAGAAGUUGAGCAGCACAAGGAAGAUCUUCCCAUUCUCCCCUCUUUCCAGAUCUUAAAAGGUAUCUCGAAGGGGGAAAACCCCUUUGGCCAGGAUUGUGUCACAAACUGCUAUAUCACCAUGUGUACACCACUGUGA